UAGCGGCGGGAAAAAGCGUGGCAGAGUUGAGCUUGUCGCCGACACGGGCCCGGGGUUGUGGCGGCAUCAAUACGUGCCGCUCUUGCUCACAACCUGGCCCCGCGCUACGGCCCCGCGUCCUGCCCGCCCAGCCAAUCGCCGCCGUUCAUGCAGUUACGUCACCGCCCAGGCAGCCAACCCGCCGGCCCGCUCCAUUCCAGCUAUUCCUAAAGGUUGCCGCUCCAGUCCGGGUUGCCGGCCAUUGCAGGACCAGGUAACUUCAAGGGCCUGGUAAAUGUGAAAAGGGUGAUGAUGCCCGUCCUGGCAAUGCCCUACUGAUGCCCGAGUUCUGCCCUGCGGUCCUGGGUGACGCUGAGGGUGCAGGGAGCGGGGGGCGCCGCGGGGAGGUAAAGCAGGAAGUGCAGAGGCAGCGGGCAGCGGGAGGCCGAGCGGAGUGGAGGGGAGGCGCCAGUGAGGUGGAGCGUGCCAGCCUCGUCUUCUGCGGAGCUGGUGCUCGCCGCCUGCUGCACGCCCGGCAGCCCUCCCGCCGCACCUUCACCUGAUCCUUUGCCUGACUAUCCACGGGCUGCCCCUCACCCUAGUGCCGCGCCCUUGCCCUCGUGCCUCCGCCAGGCGGCCCUCACUUCCUCCUUCAACAGUCGCCGCGGUGCCAACCCGUGGCUCUCACCUGUGACUCACCUGCCUUGCCACUGCGCCCACCCACAGGUGGCGACAAAGACGGGGAACACCAACGCCCUUACACUUCCCUUUGGAAUACAUUUGAGGAGUGGCAAGAUGGCUUCCCCUCAGCCCUCACCCAGUAGAAUCAGCAAAUACACAGCCAUGGGACAUCGCUACCUCUCCCGCUGGGUCUCCUGGUCGGGUACUCUCACUACCCCCCCCGGCUCCCCCUCCCGAGGCUCCCCUGCAGAAGGCCCCUCCCUCUCCCCCCAACCCCCCCGCGCCUUCCAACCCCGCUCCAGGACCUCUUCAAAGGCCUCCAACGUAUCUGAGAAGACGCCCGUGAUGUAUCCCUUGGUGCCUAAGCUGCCGGUGCCUCCGCUGGGCCACACGCUCACCUGGUACCUCACACACAUGCGUCCUGUGCUGAGCCGCGAGCAAUACGAGGAAACGGUGAAAAUAGUAGAUGAAUUUUGGAGACCAGGAGGCGUAGGGGAGAAGAUUCAAGAGGAGCUUAUUAAGAGACAUGAUACGAUGGAUAACUGGGCGUACGAGUGGUGGCUGGAUGACAUGUACAUGAAUGUGCCACUGCCCCUGCCAGUCAACAGCAACCCUGGCAUGGUUUUCCCCCACCAGAAGUUUGCCUCAGACCUUGAUAUGACCCAGUUUGCAGCUCGCCUCGUCAGCGCCUCCCUCGAUAUGAAGGAAAGAAUUGCAGCCGGCGAUCUGGACGUGGACCGCUGCAGUGCCAGGGAGCGCCACCAGCCCCUCUGCAUGGCCCAGUACACGCGAGUCUUCUCCUCCUACAGACGCCCCGCCAUUCCUAAAGACAAGUUACUCUCUACGGCAGACCAACAGAAGGAGAACCAACACAUCAUUGUCUGCUACAAGAACCACUUCUUCAAGGUGGAGGUGAUGGUGGCAGGGACGCGACUGUCACACCAGCAUGUCCUGUCGCAGCUGAGGGAGGUCCUGCGGCAGGUGGACGAGUACGAGGGCUCUGAUCCGCCUCCUGUGGGGAUUAUGACAAGUGACAACAGACGCACGUGGGCCCAGAGCAGACAGAUAUUGGCGGGAGAACCGGACAACAAGCGGAUCCUGAGUCUUAUCGAGGCUUGUCUUAUGUUGGUAUGCUUUGAUGACCCUCUGCCCACUAAAUACAACCUUGCUACUAGGACCAGCCACCGCGCCAGCCUGUCUAAGCGAUCCUCCAGCCUUAACAUGACCUCCUCUCAGAACACGUCCCAGGAGAACGAGGGAACCAUGCGGGACGAGGUCAACGCAGGUCACCAGAUGAUUCACGGCGGAGGGUUCAAUCACAACUCAGCCAACAGGUGGUUCGACAAGACGGUUCAGUUUAUACUCACGAGGGACGGCUGGAGCGGCCUGUGCUAUGAACACUCAUGCGCAGAGGGAAUAGUGGUCAUUCAAGUCGUGGAACAGAUACUUCAAUGCAUCGCUCAGGAGAACCAAAGACCUGACGACGCCGUGGAGACCCUCAUGGAUGACCAGCGACAGGGGGAAGCUCGUGCAGGCGGAAAAGACCCGGGAUUCCCAGCACCUGAAGAUCCUGCCCCGUCACCGACACGCCUGGAAUGGAAAGUGACGCCUGUGAUUUACCGAAGAAUACAGGAGUCAGCUGAUCACAUGGACAGGCUGGUGGAGGAUCUGGACUUCCGCAUCCUAAGGUACCUCUCCUACGGCAGGAACUUUAUCAAGGAAUCUAAGUGCUCGCCCGACGCCUUCAUCCAGUUGGCGCUGCAGCUUGCCUUCUUCAGGUGCCACGGCCAGCUCACGAGCACCUACGAGAGUGCCAGCACCCGCAGGUUCCGCUAUGGGCGCGUGGAUUCCAUCAGGGCCAACACGCCGCAGGUCUUGGCGUGGUGCGAGGCAAUGGUUAUCAACGCUCCGAUCGAAGACCGCCUUGCCAAGUACGAGGCGGCGCUUAAACUACAGACAGACAUCAUGGUAAACAACAUCCUGGGACGCGGCAUUGAUAUCCAUCUGCUGGGCCUGAGAGAGAUGGCGAAGGAGAUGGGGCUGCCCUCACCUGAGCUCUUCACUCAUGAGUCUUACCGUAUCGCUAACCAUUUCCGCUUAUCUACCAGCCAGGUGACCACUCUGUCAGACUCCUGGAUGGGAUACGGGCCAGUGGUUCCUGACGGCUACGGCGCGUCCUACAACCUCCACCCAGACUACAUCAUCUUCUGCCUCUCCGCCUUUAAAUCCUGCGAGGAGACUUCCACUCUUGAAUUUGGGAGGAACCUCGAGCGGGCUUUAGAUGAAAUGGGGGUUCUGCUCCAGGAUCGUGCCAUGUAAGGAGCGGGGAGUGAGGCAAGGUUCAGUGACUAGUCAAUGGCCAAGUAGCACUUUAGAAACUCCACAGGUGUCGCCGUGCGCCUGUACAUACCUGGCAGCUUAUAGGAUUGUAGACUGUUACCCAUAUACGUCCCCUGUACUGCCUCAGACCGCCACUUGUCAUGCCCGCUUGACUCCAAAGGGCUCUGUAGAGGGAGGUUUACCCUGAAUGACUCCUCUAAAGGGAUUCAGUAAAGCGAUUCAGUAGCAUUUCACUGACUCAGCAUGAUAGAAAAAAAAGAAUUUCACUCCCUUUGUGGUUCCUUUAAAGGCAAUCAGUUGCAUUUCACUGAGCUAGAAUGGUAAAAAGAGGAAUUUUAACUUAGUCACUACUUUAAAGGGUUAAAAAGUUAUUUAUCUCCAUUUCAUUAAGCCUUGAAGGACUCUGUGGCUCCUUAGGGUCCUUCAGGCAGCCCAGUAACCAGUAGGAUGGAGGAGCUAAUUUGUUAGUAACACCGAGGAAAGUCAGCGAUAUAGAAAUGUUAGAGUAGCGAGGUCCUGAAAGCAGCUGAUUACCACUAGCCGUGUUGGUGUCGCGGCGCAGAGCAAUACAUUAGCUAUAGAGGUGUGCAGGCAAGGUAAUACUCAAGCAUGACAGUAUUACUAAGGAGGAUAAGGUGUUUGGGGGGGAAGGCAGGAAGAGGGAGGGAGAAAAAGAAGGAAAAUAGAAAACCAAAGAAAGCAAGAGGUACAUUUACGGGAGAGAGAGGGAGAAAGGGAAAGGAAAUAAUGUCAGGUAUUUUAAAGCCAAAGAGAGCUAGAAGUAUAUGUAUUUAUGUAUAUCUAGUUAACUAAAGGGGGAAGGAGAGGGAGAGGGACGCUACAAGGGAAGGGUAUUCCACGAAAACCAAAGAGAAGUAGAAAUACAUGUAUCUAGUUAAGAUUAGGAGAGGGAGAGUGGAGAAGGCAGACAAAAUAGAGACAAUACGAUAUUAUACUUAAACCAAAGGCAGAGCUGGAAAUACAUAUAACUGCCUAUGGGGUUUUGGGUAAAGAAUAAGAGAGAGGAAGGGUGGGAUAAGAGACACAUGUUAGGUAUUAUAUAUCAACCAAAGACAGAGAUAUAAGUAACUAAAUCUGUCUCUCUAAUUUAUAGCUUUCACUUAUCGAUAUACCAAAGCAAUAAUGUGCAGUGUUCUCCUCGACUACAGUAACCUUUCCUAAAUGUCGCUUGGAGGGAAGGAAGCGCGUCAAGGGGCAAGCAAACCUGUGUGUGUGUGUGUUUUUAAAGGGAGCGAAUCUCGUGAAGGCGGGAAGACCUCUGAUGGCCUACCUGGAAUAGUGGUGGGAACUAGUCUGUGUUUGAAUGAUGCAAUGAGUGAAGGUGCGAGGAAUAAUUCGGAUUUCUUGAGCUCAGGGUGAUGUGAAAAGGGCGCUUGGUGGGGAGUGAAAGGAAAAGGAUGCAUGGCUCGCAGUGGAGGUGAAAUAUAGGAACUGGAUGAGAGAAUAAAGAGGGAAUGGAGGAAAGUAGGAUGUAGAUGAAAUAAAGAAUGAAUGAUAGGGUGUAAAUGAAACUUACGAAGAAAAAGGAUCUGGAUGAAACAUAAAAACAAGUAUAGAAUAAAAAAUAAGAUGAAAUAUAGAAUCCGAAUAAAAAAAAAAGAACAAAAACCAGGAAGGACUUAAGACAUAGAACAUUAAAAAAAAAAGUAAAUCUCAAAAAAAAAAAAAAAAAAAAAAGAAAUCUGGAAAAAAUCAAUAUGAAGUGGAAAACAGAAUGGAGAUCUAGAAUGAAGACUUGAUAGGACAGGUGAAGAAGUGACGUGAAAAGAUUAACUUGGAAAUGUGCGGCGAGAAUCUGAAUGAGCCUCCGGAAUGACCAGUGGCAGAGGAUUGUGGGGAGGAAGGAAUGAGAUGGUUGCACAUGCGGGGGGGAGACGAGCGAUCAAAAAGACGUGCAUUCCUCCCCAUGUCUUUGUUGAUACUGAAGGUGGAGACCCAAUGUACAGCGUCUUUGGUCCGUGCUUCAAUGGGAAAUGCUGAUGGUAUUAUUUAUUUAUUUAUUUUUUAUUUUUUUUUAUCCUUUACAUUCAUCUCUCCUUAACCUAACCUAACCUAACCUAACUUAACCUAACCUAACCUAACUUAAUUAUAACCUAUCCUGCCCAGGUGUCACACUCCUAGAUGGGAUACAGACCAGUGGUUCCUGAGUGCUACGGGACGUCAUUCUCCCUUGACCAAAUUUACAUUACAUUGUGGCUCUACGCCUUUAUAUUCUGCGAGGAGACGUCAACUCUAGAAUGUGGGAGGAACGUAGAGGGAGAGAGAGGUUUAAAGGGAAAGGAAAUAAAGUUUAAGGUAUUAUAAAACCAAAGAAAGCUGGGAGUGCAUUUACGGGAGAGGGAAGGCGAAAGGUAUUAUAAAGAGAGCUAGAAUUAUAUGUAUCUAUGUAUAUCUAGCUAGUUAAAGGGGGAAGGAGAGGGACAGGGAGAUUGCAGGGGAAUUGUAUUACACGAAAACCAAAGAUAAGUAGAAAUACACGUAUCUUUCUAUAUUUGCGUGAUUUCUAGUUAAGAUUAGGAGAGGGACGGUGGAAAAGGUAAAAAAAUAGAGACAUUACGAUAUUAUACUUAAACCAAAGACAGAGCUGGAAAUACAUAUAACUGCCUAUGGGGUUUUGGGUAAAGAAUAAGAGAGGAAGGGUGGGAUAACCUGACCUAACCUUAAUCCUGUCCUAACCUAACGUAAUCUAACAAAACAUAGUAUCAUUUAUCCUACCCUAACCUGACCUAAUAGAAUAUAACAUAAUCUAUCCUACCCUAAUCUAACCUAACCUAACCUAACCUAACUUAACCUAAUCUAUCCUACUCUAACCUAACCUAACCUAACCUAACCUAACCUAACCUAACCUGACCUAACAGAAUAUAACAUAAUCUAUCCUACCCUAACCUAACCUAACCUAACCUAACCUAACCUAACCUAACCUAACCUAACCUAACCUAACCUAACCUAACCAGCAAAAUCAUCCUUCAUUUCUUCAUCAUCCAUUAACUAACUGCUUCACCAUACACACACACACACACACACACACACACACACACACACACACACACACACACACACACAAACACAUACAUAUAUAUAUUUAAACAUUUAUCAAAAGUAGAUAUAUAUAUAUAUUUAUCGUUGAGGAAAAUGUUAACUAUCAAAAUAUUUUACCUGAAAACUAUAGACGAAUGAAACCUUGCAAUUUGUUGAGGGUUGGCGGCUGUGUUCCCUCGGCCCUCGCUCUCUUGAAAUUUAUAUAAAAAAAAAAACAUGCAUCAAAAGAAUUUAAGUAAGAGUGUAUUUGAAACUUGUCUUGUAUAUGGGAUCUGUGCGUGCCCGGAAAUGGAAUCUACCUGCAGAGAGAGAGAGAGAGAGAGAGAGAGAGAGAGAGAGAGAGAGAGAGAGAGAGAGAGAGAGAGCGGGUGUGUGUGGGGGGGUGUACUAUAAUACUUCUAAAACUAUAUUACCUCUUUCUGUUCCCUCCCUUGUUUCUUCUUUUUUUUUUUCCUUAUUUUCUUUUAAGAGGGAAACAUUCAAAACGAUUAUAUUAAUAUUCUUUCAUGUAUUUUUCCGACCUUGACCUUCCGUAACAAAGAGACAGGCAGACAGACAGACAGAGAGCAGAGCAGUAUCAUAUUGAAAUGGCAACUUUAAUCGACCUUUUUUUACUCUAUUUUUCUCCGCUGGCCAAAAAAUUUCCUUACUGCAAGUCCGCGAGAAUAACAGGCAGUGAUAUUUGCUUCCACGUAACACAGUGAACACGCAACACUAAAGAUGAGAAUGCAUAACAGCAUCGUAUUGAACUGACACCUUUAAUGGACUUUUUUCCCUUCUGUUCCUUGGUUAUAAGAAUUUUCCUCUCUGCAACUUCAUUAAAAUAACAGAUAGUGAUGUUUACGUUCAUUUAACACAAUACACUGAAGACGAGAGUGCAAAAUAGUAUCAUGAGAGGCUGGCACCCUUAAUGAACCGAAUUUUUGCAUUGUUUAUCACCGUUGGCCAAGAACUUCCUAAUUGCAACUCCAAGAGAAUAACAGAUAGUAACAUUUGCUUCCGUAUAACGCAAACACACUCGAGAUGACGGCAGGAAAACAUUUACCUAACAUUUCUGAGUUACUCCCGUCUCGCUUUCCCUGUUUUCUCGCUUAGUUGUGUCUUUGCUUCCACAUAACAACACUGAAGGAGACCAAAUGAAAACGCACAAUCUUAAGUCACCCACGUUUUUUAUGUAAGAGGGGCACUGGUCAAGGUCAUCGAGGAGAGAGAGAGCGAAAGGAAAAAAAAAAAAAAAAGGCCCAUUGAGGUGUCAGUCUCAAGUGAAGGAUCAUAAAGUGUCAUUCAAAUUUUAAGGAUAAGUGUCUCUUGUUUCUCUCCAUUGUUUCUCCCGGCGCGCGUUGCCAGACCAGGUGGUGGUGGGACUCAAGCCGCGUCCUCGCCCACUAGAGAGAGUAGGUGUUGCCAAUUCAGGUGUUGUGUCCUCGCUUGUCGCAAAGAAUUACUGAGAUUUUUCGUGUGUGUGUGUGUGUGUGUGUGUGUGUGUGUGUGUGUGUGUGUGUGUGUUUUCAGCGUGCCUGUUUGUCUGUCUGUCUAUCUUUUCAUAUAUUUGUAUCUGUGUGUGUCUUCUUCUCUCUCUCUCUCUCUCUCUCUCUCUCUCUCUCUCUCUCUCUCUCUCUCUCUCUCUCUCUCUCUCUCUCUCUCUCACCGUGUUAGUAAAAGCGUUGUUAUUCGCCUUUCGGAACCUCAAGAGCUCCCAAAAUGAAAAUAAGAGAAAUUUAUCAGAAAAAUCAAUGUAUUUAUCCUUUGCUUAAUACUGUAAACGUUGAACGAGAUGAAAUAAUUAUCAAAACACGUGAAUAUUAAUCAUAUAUCCGUUUUGUUGUUGAGGAAAAAAAUACUAUGUUUUAUACAAGGAUUUUUAAUACAGGGACUGCCACGUGUAGGGCUGGUGGUUCCUGGCGGCGUGUUCUAUUUUGUCAUCAAUCUUCGUUACGUAUAGGAAUGUAUAUUGAGAUGUUUACUAAUCCUUCCCCGCAGCGCCCCUGUUGAGCACCUGGGGAGUGAGGGGCGUCACCUGGUGUUAAUUAGCCUCUUCACUUCUCUCAGGCACAUCUUGACUAUUAACUAAACUAUUAACUAUUAUUCCUUCUUGUUCUGUUGUCUUUAUACGUAAGAAACUGGAAGAUCUAUUAAUUUCUCUCUCUCUCUCUCUCUCUCUCUCUCUCUCUCUCUCUCUCUCUCUCUCUCUCUCUCUCUCUGUGCUUCAUCUUUUUUUUUCUCUUGUAAUUUUUUUUUUGUCUUAUUCAUCGUUUUUUUUUGUAUUUUUUCUCUCUUUCUCCCUCUUGUACAUCAUUUUUUUCCUGUCUCUUCUUUGUGAAUCGUCUUUCUUUCCCUCUGUUUCUCUCUCAUCGUUUUUUCCUGUCUGUCUCUUUCGUGUACACUUCUUUCCUCAGCCCCGUGAAGUGUUGGGUGCUGCAGUGAAAGAGUUGAGCGUCACAGGUACUUUUAAAGAACACUAGUCAGAGGUUCACGAGGUUGUGGCUCCGUAGUGUUGUUGAGAUAGCCGCGGGUAGCAUAGAGGCACGAGUACUCCAAUGUUGAUCUAGAUUAUAACGCGUAGACUCUCCCCAGACUUUACGAGAAGUUUAUGACCCCGUAGUGAUCAAUAUCUUGGUUCUCUCUGGAGGUUCUAUGACAUGUAACUUGAUCUCGUCUUGUGGUUCUGUGUUCUGGUGUUCUGUUCUCUGUAUGUUGUGUUCCUCGCUCACUGUUAUCGCCGGCGGGGCUGUCACUGUAUCCUGUGUGGUUUGUUCCCGUCGCUCUAGUCAUGUUCACGGUACCGUUGUUUUGUUUCGAGUCCCUUCGAGUCUUCUCCGUAGCGAGGACCGCAUUCUGAAACACUUCUGCGCUGCACCUUGACUACUUUCAAAAGGCUCUACAUAGUUGAGGUGACACGGGUUUUUAAGGGUGUUUUAAUGGUUCUAGUGUCAGAUUAUCAAGAUUUCUACAUUAUUAACAGGAGAAACACUCUUGUGAACUGGGCUAAUUUACUUUACAGCCUUUUAAAGCACCUCCACUCCUUUCAAAAGGCUCCAAUUGAAGUGACACGGGUUUCUAAGGGUGUUUUAAUGAUUCUAGUGACAGGUUAUCAAGAUUUCUGCAUUAUUAACAGGAGGAACACUCUUGAGAAACGGCUAAUCAUCACUGCAGCCUUUAGAAAUAGUCGUGACACGGUUUUUUUUAAGUGUUUUUUUUUUUAAUUGUUCCAGUAAGAUUAUCAAGAUUUCUACAUUAUUAACAGGAGAAACACUCUUGAGAACCCUGCUAAUCAUCUCUGCAGCCUUUAGAAAUAGUCGUGACACGGUUUUUUUUUAAGUGUUUUUUUUUUUAUGGUUCCAGUGUCAGAUUAUCAAGAUUUCUACAUUAUUAACAGGAGAAACACUCUUGAGAACCCUGCUAAUCAUCUCUGCAGCCUUUAGAAAUAGUCGGGGUGAGAAAACAAAAGCGUUUCAGAGAGCGGGCCCAAGUGUCCUGCAGCAAUGUUUCGUCAUAUUUCGUCAUUCACUUGGUGUCUCGUAGAUGAGGCGUGAUUGUUUAAAUGGAUGUUCACGUAAAUUGUUGAUUAUGUACCGGAAAGUUUUAAAGAUGUUUUUAUUGUUGUCCCGUGUAAGAGUGAGUGUGAGUACGUGUGUGCGUGCAUGGCUUAGUAUCGUGCUUGAUAUAAUGAAGAGGCACGGCUAUGUAUGUGUAAGUAUGUGUGAUUGUAGGCUAGACAGAGGCAUGGGUGGGCUGGUGUGUCGCGUGGACAGGUCUAGAUGCUCACUACUCCCCUCCCCUUCCCCUGCGGCACUUAUCCCAGGGGUAGAAGGGGCGGGGGAGGGCGUGACGUGUUUCCCUGCAGCGGGUGACCCAGAGACGCCCUUGCUACGCCACCAGCUAAGGGCCCGGGUGAUCUUGACUGUCCCGCGUGUGUGUCUGACGGUGCUGUGAGGCGGCGGUGGUGGUGGUUGUUGUUGUAGCUAAGUGUUAACAUAUGUAGAUAAAACUGUACAUAUAUAAAUAUAUAGAGGAGAUAAAAACUAAA